AGAUGAUGGGCCGGUUUGAGCGAGACGCCUUCGACACGCUCUUCGAUCACGCGCCGGACAAGCUCAACUUGGUGAAGAAGUCGCUCAUCACUUUUGUGAACAAGCAGCUGACCAAGCUGAACCUGGAGGUGACGGAGCUGGAGACCCAGGUCACGUUCACAGGUCCUGGGGACGAGAACUCCGACAUGUCUGUUCUGGGAGAGGGUCCAACUCUCCACACCCUCCGAGGCUGCACCCCACGCUGUCACGCGCCUUUGCACGUGCACGUCCCUCGGGUCUGAUGUCCUGCGGUGGAGGCCGCUGCUGUCACCUGUGGCCCUGUGACCUGCACCUGGCAAAUGCUGAAUAAUUCCCCUCCAGUGAAUGUGGAUAAAAUGUUUCUUCUGCAAUAGAAUGCACACCUCCCGCCCCAAGAUAAAGUGGCCCCGUGAAAAUAGGUCCUCAGCCUUGGCAGACAGGACGCAGGCUCCCCGGAUUAGUCUGGGGCCUUGGGAGCUGUUGGCACUGACGCCUCUAAUGCACAGCUGAUCCUUCUUAAGCCCCUGGGCGAUUUCUCUCACCCCUUUCUCCUCCUUAGACUUCUCUCAUUUGCUUUUCUAAUUAAAAAAGUAAUUCAGGUUCAUUGU